AAUGGAAUUGUUUAUAACAUGGAAAGACUGGGGCAUGGAGUCCAUUUGAUUACUCUUUUGGUAAACAGCGAUGGAUUAUACAAGAUGAGUCGCCUGUACAUCACUCCCGAUGGUUUCUUCUUCCGGGUUCACAUUCUAGUCGUGGAUACUUUAAACUGCAGUAAACCAUGCCCAGACUUUAAACUUGGCAGCAGGUACAUCGUGAUGGGCCGCGUCUACCACAAGCGACGGCAGCUGCCCCCGCGGCUGCUGCGCCUGCUGCGCGGGCGCCUGCGCCCCGGCGACGGGCUGCUCCGGAGCAGCAGCAGCUACGUGGGGAGAUUCAACAGCAGGAGGAACCGCCGAGUGCAGGGCGCUCACGCCGAGUGCGGAUGA